CCACCGCCCCUUGCUGGAUUUCGUCUAAUCCUUAACAUGGCGUCGCUGGAUACGGUGUGAACAAACUCCAGAUCGGAGAAAAUAGCGUGACUGUGUUUAGUGCAAGCUUAGAGUUUCGCCGCCACAACGGAAAGCUGCUCAACUUAUUAUUUGCCGCUUCUACCGAUGAGGGACUAAAAGCCACGCACAAGCCACGGGAAAACCGGCGCGAUCGCUCAUUCAUUCAUAGAUCUUUUCCCGGUUUGUACGAAGUUUUCCAGUUCUGCAUUCUGACAGACCUGAGAAGAUCAUAACAGCAAAGGAGAAAGAUGAAGGACUGCCUUAACUGUUUCCGCAAAAAGGAAGAAGAGGUGGAGAGAAAGAUUAGGACAAAUGACUUGGAGUACAACAAGCAGUUCGGAUAUGCGAGUAACUACAUCAGCACAUCAAAAUACAAUGUUUUCACCUUUCUGCCCAUCAACCUGUUUGAGCAGCUGCAAAGGGUGGCAAAUGCUUACUUCGUGAUCUUGCUCAUUUUGCAGGUCAUACCAGCGAUCUCGUCCUUAACACCAGUUACUACUGCAGUCCCAUUGGUCAUUGUGUUAUCAAUCACAGCUCUCAAAGAUUUAGUGGAUGAUGUUAGACGUCACCAAAGUGACAACUUAGUAAACAAUAGGAAGUCCCAAGUCCUCCGGAAUGGCACGCUCAGGGAAGAAAACUGGAUGAAUGUACAAGUUGGAGAUGUAAUUCGCAUGGAGAGUGACGCCUUUGUCGCGGCUGACCUCUUGCUGCUAUCCACGUCUGAACCUCAUGGCCUUUGUUACAUCGAAACAGCAGAGCUUGAUGGGGAGACCAACUUGAAGUGUAGACAGGCUCUGGUGGAAACAGCUGAGUUGGGAGAUGACAUCCACAGCCUUGGACAGUUUAAUGGACACAUCACAUGUGAACCUCCAAACAACAAGCUUGACAAGUUUGAGGGAACUCUGGAGUGGAACGGGGAGAAGUUUUCACUCUGCAAUGACCAGAUCAUGCUGCGCGGCUGCGUUCUGCGCAACACCCAGUGGUGCUACGGGGUGGUCGUGUUCGCCGGGCAGGACACCAAGCUGAUGAUGAACAGCGGCCAGUCCAGGUUCAAAAGAACACACAUCGACCAGCUGAUGAAUGUCAUUGUUCUCUGGAUCUUUGGCUUCCUUGUGUGCAUGGCACUCAUAUGUGCUAUAGCAUGUGGGGUUUGGGAAUCAUAUGUUGGGCAGUACUUUAGAGCUUACCUGCCAUGGGAGGUGUUUACAAACAACCCUGCUGAAAUUGCAGCCUUAGUGUUCCUGUCCUACAUUAUCAUCCUCAACACUGUGGUGCCCAUCUCUUUAUAUGUCAGUGUUGAAAUCAUUCGGAUGGGCCAUAGCCUCUUCAUCAACUGGGACAGCAAAAUGUACUACGCUCCCAAACACACCCCAGCCAAGGCACGUACCACUACACUGAAUGAGGAGCUGGGGCAAAUUGAGUACGUCUUUUCCGACAAGACUGGGACGCUAACUCAGAACAUCAUGGCCUUCAACAAGUGUUCCAUCAAUGGGAAACUAUACGGAGACGUGUAUGACAAGGAUGGCAACCCCAUGGACAUAACAGAGUUCACCAAGAAAGUGGACUUCUCUGGGAAUGUGUAUUCUGAUAAGAGCUUCACAUUCUAUGACCAGACUCUGUUGGAUGACAUCCAGAAAGGAGACGAAAAUGUGACAAACUUUUUCCGCCUCCUGGCCCUCUGUCACACGGUUAUGCCGGAAGAAAAGAAUGGACUUCUUGAGUACCAGGCACAGUCACCAGAUGAAGGAGCAUUGGUGUCUGCAGCCAAAAACUUUGGCAUUGUGUUCCUGGCACGUACUCCCAACACCAUCACCAUCAAGGAUCAGGAUAAGGACGUCACCUAUGAGCUUCUGCAUAUCCUAGACUUUAACAACGUUCGCAAAAGAAUGUCGGUGAUUGUUAGGACUACUGAAGGGAAGCUGCUGCUGUUGUGUAAAGGUGCAGACUCCAUCAUCUACGAACACCUGAGUCAGAAUUGCUCUGAUCUGCAGACAGUAACCACGGAGCAUCUGAACAAAUUUGCUUGUGAUGGGCUGCGGACACUGUGUUUGGCUUCAAAAGAGCUGGACCCAAACUUCUAUGAGGAGUGGAAGUCCAGGCACCAUGAGGCUAGCACAUCUUUGGAAGAUCGUGACGAAAAGCUUGACGUAGUGUAUGAGGAGAUAGAACAGGAUAUGAUGCUGCUGGGGGCCACAGCUAUAGAGGACAAACUGCAAGAUGGAGUACCUGACACAAUUGCUAAUCUGGCUGAUGCAAACAUGAAGAUCUGGGUUCUCACAGGAGACAAACAAGAAACCGCCAUCAACAUUGGAUACUCCUGUAACAUGCUGACGGAUGACAUGGAGGAUGUGUUCAUCGUGGGGGCGCACUCCAAGGAGGAGGUCCGAGUGGAGCUCGCAAACGCCUUCAAGAAAAUCAAAGACAUGGUGGGAUGUCGGGACGUGAUGAUCCAGGACCCCAGGGCGACCAGCAUGGUGGACAUGGGGGACAAGGAGUUCGCCCUGGUCAUCAAUGGACACAGCUUAGUGUAUGCUUUGGAGAAAGAGAUGGAAAUUGAGUUCCUGAACGUGGCGUCCCUGUCGAAGGCAGUGAUCUGCUGCCGAGUCACCCCUCUACAGAAGGCCCUGGUGGUGGAGCUAGUCAAGAAACACAAACAGGCCGUCACCCUGGCAAUAGGGGAUGGAGCCAAUGAUGUCAGCAUGAUCAAAGCUGCCCAUAUUGGAGUUGGCAUCAGUGGCCAGGAGGGGAUGCAGGCUGUCUUGGCCAGUGACUUUUCCUUUGCCCAGUUCAGGUAUCUAGAGCGGCUGUUACUGGUCCAUGGCCGCUGGUCCUACUACAGAAUGUGCAAGUUUCUGAAGUACUUCUUCUACAAGAACUUUGCCUUCACACUCUGUCACUUCUGGUACUCUUUCUUUGUGGGAUUUUCAGCACAGACUGUCUAUGACCAGUGGUUCAUCACUUUCUACAACAUCAUGUACACAUCCUUGCCAGUUUUGGCCAUGGCCCUCUUUGAUCAGGAUGUGAAUGAAGACAAUUGUGUCAAGUACCCCAAGCUGUACGUGCCAGGGCAAUACAACCUCUUCUUCAACAAGAAGAUUUUCCUCAUCAGCCUGUUGCACGGUGUCCUGACGUCUUUGGCCCUGUUCUUCUUACCAUACGGUGCUAUCUGUGAGGCCAUGAGGAAUGAUGGGCAGGACUUUGAGUCUCAUCAAGUGUUUGGUCUGACCAUUGGGACAGCACUUGUUAUUACAGUCAGCCUUCAGAUUGGUUUGGAUACAGCAUAUUGGACAGGGAUCAACCAUUUGUUCAUCUGGGGAAGCAUCGCCUGGUACUUCGGUGCUAGCCUCAUCGUGUACAGUGACGGUCUGUACAAGCUGGCCCUGUUCCCCUUUGUCGGUGUAGCUAGAAAUGUGUUUGGCCAGCCCACGUUAUGGUUCACAGUGCUGCUGACUGUUCUGGUCUGCCUGCUGCCGGUGAUGGCCAUCAGGUUCCUCAUGAGAGACCUCAGGCCGACGCUGUCAGACAGGAUACGGCUGGCACAGCAACUAUCCAAGACCAGCAAGCGAACCACUUCACAGCUGCUACGACGGAAGUCCUCCCGUCUCUCCCAUCGCCCCAGCUCUCGGAGAUCUGGAUAUGCAUUCGCCCAUCAGGAAGGCUUUGGCAGACUCAUCACAUCUGGCACAAUCAAGAUGAGACAGAAGAAAAUAGGCCAAAGGUUGUCAGAACACAAUCUGAAAGAGAGAGCUUCAGCCGAGGACUUGACAUACGACGUUUAAAGCCCUCGGGCACUCUACUAAGUUCAGAAUCUAUGGCUCCUCAAUUCUUAGCUUCAAAUUUGCAAGCCUUGGAAUCUAUAGAAUUUGUAAUCGUAUAGACUAUGUAGUACUUACUUUUUGAUUCCCCAUUUUAUAGUAGAUAGAAGAAAAGAUGCAAACAAUAUGGAGGAUUUUAUUCUAGGCUAUAUUUUUAGCAGAUAGGGGAGUGGGUCUAAGGUUUACAAGAAGCAACCUAUAGAAUAAUGACAACAUCUUUCUACCAAUGAAAUUGUCUUUCAUGAAAUUGACAACAACGAUUUACGAUUACUUAGAAUUUGUAAGAAGGCAUCUGAUUGGUCUUCAUGUAUCUAUUAUUCCUACAGUAAAGUUUUGUCAAAAGUGUAUGAAAUGGGUAUAAAUUUCAAAUUGUAAAUUCCUUGCAUAGCAAUGUUGACAUUUAGCAUGUUUAAGGAGACAAUUGAACAUGACAAACAUUUGGCUUGGUGAGCGCAUGUAUAUUCUGUGUUAUGCAGUAAGUGAUAUCUUGGUCUUGCCACUGCUGUAGCUCACUGUUUUAUUUUCAAAUGUUUCGAUUAAAAAAAACACAUUCAACAAAAAAUAUUGAUACGGGCAAAUGUGUCAAAGAAGGUUGAAUGUUGUUUUUUUGGUCUGAGGUUAGAAGGACCUUGACCUUGUACAAUGAUGAAAGCAACAAAUGCCAUCUGCUAUUUCCUGUUACUGUGCUCUACAAUGGAAAAUAUUUCUCACUUCUGUACUAUCAAUGUGAGCACUCUACUGGUAAUACUGUUUUUAAAACUUUUUCUCGACAUGAAUAUUGCUCUUUCUCUUGAAGAACCACUUGAUAUUCAUAUCAUAUUAAAUAUUGUGAAAUGAUUUUACUAUUUCUAUAUUGUGUAAACUAUGAUAUACAAUGAGUUACAACUUAGAUAUGAUGUUGUGAUGUUAAGAUUUUUAUAAUGGUUAGGAUCACAGCAUAUCAUUGCAAUGUAAAAUAUGCUGUUGGAGUGUUGGUGCAUUUAUCAUUUGUCCAUGUCGCUUCUUGUGUUGUAUUUGUUUGUAGGAAUAUGAAUCACUAGACAUAUUUCUGAAUUUUAUUUGCAUAGAUUGUAGGAACAAAUGCAAUAUUUAGUUUAAGACAGUUUCUGUAUGGUGCAAUGUUUUAUGAUUUGCACGUUGCUAUAAAUGAAUAAUCACAUUGCAAUAGUGAUUGUUUUGUGUAUGAAAAAUGUUUGCACCUUGUCACUCAAAGCAGCUAAAAUGUCUUUUGUAACAUCUUCAGGUAGUAUUUGGUAUCAUCUUUGGUUCAUGUCAGAUUAUUUCAUAAAUAAAGUGGAGGUGAAGUGAUUAGGGAACAAUGAUCUGUAUAGUUUAUACUUUAUGUGAUACAGUGUACCUACUGUUGCAGAAAGAUUAUGGAAACUUGCAUUUUGAAACAAUUUCAUAUACGGGCUUCAGGAAAAAUACUUGUAAUCUUCACACUCUGAUCUUACAAUUUUGAUAGCUUUUUUUUGAAAUCUCCAUUCAGGACUUUUCUGCCACAAACAUAAGGAAAAUAUCCAUAUACUUGAAUUUUAGCAAGAAUUUGAAAUACACUGAUUGUUACAAUUAAACAGGUGGAGAAGAAUGAAGAAAAAGUAUUUUUCUGAAGUUUGGUACUCCAGACUUCUUGGGGACAGUUUUUUUUCUCCUAUUGCUAUCACAGAAAUAUAUGGAAGGAACUUUGGACUGAGUGCCUAGAUAAAUGUGGGCAGCAUUUUAAGUGUGAUGCCCCAGAUUUAAGGUUGUAAAACAGGACAGUGGCCUGAAUGACUGUAAAAUGAUAUUGGAAUAAAUAUGAUAUAUGGUUUAUGA